CUUAUGCUUUGACCUCCGAUAGGUGAUCCUGAAGUCAUCACAAGUUUGUCAUCCUACGACAAUAGCAGAAAGAAUGCAGCAAGUCUGAUAAUGUACACCCGAGAGAAGGUUGGCGGUGUUCGCAAUGCUCACCGAAUGAAAGAUGAGAUAUCGUGGGCUGGUAGCGUGGCAGAGGACUUGGCCAGGUUGGCGUCCCUGUGUCUGCAAGUGCAGCCGGAGCGGCGCCCAGUCAUGGAAGAAGUUUUAGAUUGUGUGGAUGAAGUCAAGGCAAUUGCAGCCGGUCACAAGCCCAAGAACUCGAUCCUAGCUCGACUCAUACAGGCGUCGCAACAAAAGGUUCCACGUGCUGCCAGACCCAAUGCAUUUGAUGAAGAAGAGGAGGCGAAAUCUACCACAGUGUCGAAACCGGUGGAAGACCGCAACGAACAUGGUAAUCUUGUCUUGCCUAGUCGAACUAGACCCGGAAAGCAGCAAGCAGCUCACGGACAGCAUGAUAAUCAACCGCAACAGCCUCAGGCGCAAGCCCAAAAGCCGAAUCAGCACCAGCAAAUGCGCCAAGCACAACCUAUGCCGAAACCUAGACAGGCCGCCCAACCAGUUGCGGACGAUGCAGUGCCUCAAGAAGCCGCUGAUGCUCCAAACCGACCUGGCCCGCAGUAUCAGCAACAGCACCAGCAUGCGAAUCCACCACAUCAACAACAUGCCCUUGUCCAGCCACAGCAGAAGCAGCAGCUGCAGCAGCAGCCACAGCAACCGCCUCAAUCACCUCAUUUUCAACAACAAGGACAUCCUCAUCAUGACAACCAGCAAAUGCCACAGCAACCUCACCAACAGCAACAACAGCAGCUGGCCGCCCAGACUUUGAGUGAUGAGCACCGAUCGCGUUUGCCAAAGUCUAUUGACGAUGGUAUUGAUGCUGACGACGAUACAAGGGAGCCGAACAAACGGCCACAACAGCCCCAGCAAGCUACCCAAGAUGAUGACUGUCAACCCCUGUCUUUGAACAACAAGCCCAGUGCCUCAUUUGGUGAUGCCUUGUCGGACAGUUUGAACAACAGCCGGCACCCUAUAGGUGUUCAAAGGAUGGGAGCCAUACCUGCUAGUCGACCUAGUGAUCAUGCUCAGGCGCUGAGCCGAAUGACUGCAGGUGAAUGUUUCCCCAGCAUUGAAUCCAGCACAGCUGCUACAGGAUCAGCAGCCGCAGGCGGUUUGCAUGAAAGUGACAUAAAUCCACAAGCUUUGAUCAGGCCAUCAGUAGCACCUAUUGGUGCAGCAGCAUCACCACUGGCGCAGCGUAGGUUUGGAGAAAGAAGCGGGGGACCGGAAGGCAAUCUUGUUGCCAACACCCAACAGCCAGAAAAUCAUGCAACGCCUGACGCAAUUGGACCUGGUCGGAAAUUUCGCGAAGAGCUCAAGACACAUGACUUGUAUCGUGUAGGAGAUGAAGAUGAAAGCUUACUGCUAUCUACAGAGAGUGACAGUACACCAUCAGUAAUAAGGAGCGAUGAUUUGCCUAUACCUCACCAAGUCAGUGAGAGCUGCAGCGAGGAUACUAUGUCUUCAACACCAUUAGUCACUGGAGGAUCAAGCUAUGAUCGACUUGUUGAUUCUCGGCCGGGUGCAAACAUUCGUCGCUCCGAUGCCACUCAGCAUGGUGACUACAGUGCUGGAGUUUUGGAACCGCCACAUCAUCAACAUCACAGACACAACCCACAUCACCAACGCCAGCCUGUGGCGGCCGGGUACAACAGUCAACAUGCUGAAUCGAGUGCUGCAACACCAAGUGUUGUCGGUAGCCUUUACAGUGUGGGUCCAUUCAGUGAUCCUAUAAAUCAACUUACUCCGCGGCUGCCUAUGAUGCAGCCAAGAUCACAACUGCCACCACAACCACAGGCAAACUGCAGCCACGGGCACAACCACGGCCGCAACAGCACCAGCACCAGCAGCAUCAGCAGCACCAACAGCACCAGCAAUCUCAGAUACCACAAGGAGCAGAGCAGCAUCUCAUUGCUCAGCCAGUCAGUGAGAGUCAAGGUAGUCCGUAUGACAUCUACAAUCAACAGGUGCAGCAGCAAAUGCCACCGCACUCCCAAUUUGAUACAGUGCGUUAUCAUUGAUAGUUUUGAUAGUCAGGCCGAUUCAGUUGUGUAGUAUAUUGAGUGGCUAUGCACAUUGCACCGCUGAUCAGGAUGUAGCUGCAACUUUACAACGCCGCUGUAAGACAUGAUUGUAGAACCGGCUUCAAAAAUGAAACUGCAAUUUGAUCACCCAUUUUAAACUCUUCAAUAAUCUGUUUCCUCAUUUGUCCAAUAUACACAACAGCUAUUUGCUCGGGGACAGCUUAAUUUAUAGUAGAUGCACCUUGUUAUUCUGCACAGGACUGAUAUGCCGGCGGGUGUUAUGUGUAAUAGUACAAUCAUGACUAACUGAA